ACAUUAAUGAUAAGAUAACAGUGACAAUGAUUAACUACACACGUGCAUUUCGUCGUCUUUAAAGUUUUCACGUACGAUCCGGUACUUGAAAUCGCACCUAAUUUCGAGACCAAACAUAUCGGCUGCCCCAAUAUGCCUAAGGUGAAAAAGGAGAAAGGUCCUAGUGAAUAUGGAAAACAAGGUAUUAUGUUUAAAAAGGAUUUUGGGCAACACAUAUUGAAAAAUCCACUCAUCGUUCAAGGAAUGGUAGAUAAAUCAGCAUUAUUGCCUACAGAUACAGUACUUGAAAUUGGUCCUGGUACAGGUAACUUAACUGUUAAGUUACUAGAACGUGUCAAAACAGUGAUUGCUUGUGAAAUUGAUGUUAGAUUAGUGGCAGAAUUGAAGAAACGUGUGAUGAACACUCCGUAUCAAAAUAAAUUGCAAAUAAGAGUUGGAGACGUCCUUAAAUCUGAACUACCUUUUUUCAAUGUUUGUGUUGCUAAUAUACCAUACCAAAUUUCAUCUCCUUUGGUUUUUAAAUUACUCUUACACAGACCUUUUUUCCGCUGUGCAGUACUUAUGUUUCAAAGAGAAUUUGCAUACCGUUUAGUUGCCAAGCCGGGAGAUAAACUAUAUUGUCGUUUAUCGAUUAACACACAGUUAUUGGCUAGAGUAGAUCUUCUUAUGAAAGUUGGAAAAAAUAAUUUUCGGCCUCCUCCAAAGGUUGAGUCCAAUGUAGUGCGCAUAGAACCUCGUAAUCCCCCACCUCCAAUAAAUUUCAAAGAAUGGGAUGGAUUAACAAGAAUAGCAUUCUCUAGAAAAAAUAAAACGUUAGGAGCAAUUUUUAAACAAAAUGCUGUAGCUGUAACAUUAGAAAAAAAUUACAGAGUUUACUGUUCUUUGAAAAAUCAAGAAAUAGCAGAAGACUUUGAUAUUAAAGAAAAGUUAGAUGAAGUUUUAAAUAAAAAUGAUUUCUGUGAAAAAAGAGCUAGGAAAAUGGAUAUUGAUGAAUUUAUUGAGUUACUUCUUGCAUUUAAUAAAGAAGGAAUUCAUUUUCAGUGAUUGUAAAAUAACUAAGGCCAUUUUAUUAUUGUAUUGUACUGGUAAUUAUUUAAGGAACAUUGUUUACAUUGUUGAUACCUAUAACUAAUACAUUUCUUUAAUCAUCUUAAAUAUGAUUGUAAAUACAAUUUAAGGG